UGAGAUUUAUUAUACGACGAGUCUACGAGCUUCUUCUCGGAUUCGGAGAAGCAGGAAGAUGUUCAAGAACACGUUUCAGUCUGGGUUUCUGUCUAUUUUGUACAGUCUAGGAAGCAAGCCUCUUCAGAUAUGGGAUAAAGAAGUUGUGGACGGGCAUGUGAAGCGUUGCCAUGAUGAUGACAUUCAAUCCAAUGUGCUUGAAGUAGUUGGAUCAAACAUCCAGUCUACAUAUAUUACAUGUCCUGCUGAUCUUUCCGCAACUCUUGGUAUCAAACUUCCUUUUUUGGUCUUGGUGGUGAAGAAUAUGAAGAAAUAUUUCUCAUUCGAGAUUCAGAUUCUGGAUGACAAGAAUGUGCGCCGCCGUUUCCGAGCUUCUAACUUUCAAGCUGUCACUAGAGUAAAGCCAUAUAUUUGCACAAUGCCACUGAAGAUGGAUGAGGGAUGGAAUCAAAUCCAGCUUAACUUAGCUGAUCUUACUAGGAGAGCUUAUGGGACUAAUUAUGCUGAGACAUUGCGAGUUCAGAUUCAUGCUAACUGCCGCCUUAGGCGCAUAUAUUUUGCUGACCGUCUCUACUCAGAAGAGGAGCUUCCUCCGGAAUUCAAGCUAUAUCUUCCCGUGCAGAAAGCAUGAUAAGUUCAUUCCCAAUGCUUCUGCCAUUGUCGUGGUAUGCAGGAAAUCUACUGUUGACUAUUUCAGAUAGACCAAGAGCGUCUAAAUUAGGUGGUAGUUUCAGUAUUUCUUGUAGCAUCCCAUGGAACUUGAAGUUUGCCAUGCCUUGGGCAUGCUUUAACUUCACUGUGUUAAACUCUUCCUGAAAUCGGAUCAUAUACUCUAUACUCUUUAAGAUUUUCAAUGAAUUUUGUACAUGAUCUUGGGUCAAUGCAGACAAGUAACAUA